GGAACGGAGCGUCGUAUCACCAAGCACCAUUAUCACCAGCUAGUUCUUGGCACGCGGCUCCCCACCAGGAGUCAGGAAGGGCGUAGGUGCAGAAGACGAAGAGACCCACGACAUCGAAGAUGAACACCGUCCAGAGCACGGGCCAUGCGACCGUUCGGAACAAGAAAGAUUCGCAGUUCGAGGAGUUAACUGUCUCUUCCUCGGAAAAAAGAAAUUGGAGGGGAAUUUUUAUUGCGCUUUUAGUGAUUGCUGCCGUAUUGGGGCUAAUUGUGUUUUCCAUUCUACUUCUAUCACCAGAAAUCGAAAGUUCGAAGCUCCACGGGCGUCGAAUAUCGCUGUACGACAUCAAGUCGGGCCGGUACGAGUGGAACAGACAGAACGGAUCCUGGAUCAACCGAUACGAGUACGUGUUCAUCAACUCCGAGGGAGGGCUGACAUCGCUGCAGAUCACCAGAGAUGGCGGUUUCCGCUUUGAGGUUUUGAUGAACAACGCCACUUUCAGGCAGCUGAACGUGGACAGCUACGAUGUGUCGCCGGAUCGGAACUUUGUACUGCUGUACGCCUCGAGUGAUAACACGCAGAAAUACAACCGAAGCUACUUCAUCUACGACCUUGCGGCGUCGAACGUGUUCUCGCUGUCAGUAAAAGAAGGUGACCAGCUUGCGCCACAGCUGCAGUACGUGCUCUGGGCACCGACGACUUCAAAUGGUUCUUCCAGGGGGUCGGGCGAUAAGGCGGGUCAUCAGUCAGGACCUUCCUCCACAUCGUCCGGGUCGUCGUCGUCUUCGUCGUCCACAUCUUCCGGAUCGUCGCAAGGUAUAGCCUUCGUGCAUCAGGGUGACAUCUACUACAAGCCGCGCAUGCAAUACGAUCUGAUCUGUCGUAUCACCACCAACGGCAAGGAUGGCUUCGUACUCAACGGCGUACCCGACUGGCUGUACUCGAACGUACCGGAGCUGAAGGGACCUUCGCUGCUCUUCUCACCCGAUGGCCAACAUCUGGCAUACCUUUCGUUCAACGUAUCACAGGUGCAGCAGUAUCAGUAUCUUUGGUACGGCGAGGGUCAACAGUAUCCGAAGCUGCGCAGCCUGCGCUAUCCGAAGGUACACUCGGCGAACCCCAACGUCACGGUGUACGUGGUGAAUCUGGGCGUGCUGAAGUACAUCUUCCCGAAGCCGAUCAGCGUACCGGCACACAUCCGCGCCACCGACAGCUACGUCGGCGGGCUGAGCUGGCUCUCGCCAACCGAGCUGUCUGUGACGUAUGCCAGCCGCAACCAGAGCCUGGCGCAUGUUCUUCUCUGCCGGGCACCGACUUUCACGUGCGUGGAGAUGUUCCAGGAGAAGGCCGUCGCUAACUCGUGGGUGCUGAUCGGUGAGACGGCACUGUUUAUCCAUCGUCCAACGCUCACCGACCACGCCGUCAACGAUGCUCCGGUGUCGCAAGCGCUGAGAAAUAGUUCCGGGACGGUGACGUCUACUAGCAGCACGGCGGCUCCGACAACGACGACCGCCGCACCGCCGUCGGCCCUGCCGGUCCCGAAGGACCUGUACAUGCUGAAGCGGCUGAACGUGCGCGACGGCUCGCACGGCUACUACCGCCAUUUGGUGUUGGUGGAGCUAGGCACCAAGCGCACCAUCACGCUCACGAUGGGCCAGUUCGAGGUGACGGAGAUCGUCGGCUACGAUGAGCGGCGCGGGCUGGUCUACUUCAUGGCCGCGCCGUAUCACAAGCCGGGCCAGCGGCACCUCUACAAGAUCCCGCUCGGGCUCGACCAGGCAACGGUGGCGUCGAUGACGAAUGCCGGCGGACGCGGCGGCGAACCAGGACCGGACGGUGUUGGUCACGGUGCCGGCACCCACAACGCCAGCGAUGUGCUGCUGUUGCGUCCGUCCGGUUCCGCCGUGCCGUACUGCGUGACGUGCGGCAGCGGGUCGGCGGCGGACGGUACCACCUCGGAUGGCGAGCAGGAGUCCCAGCGGCGGCCGAACAACUGCCUGUACAACCGCGUCGCGUUCAACGACGACUACACGUACUUCGUGCAGGAGUGCCUCGGGCCGGAGUCGCCCUCCACGUACCUGGUCGAGGCCGGCUCGGAGCGCAAGGUGCGCGUGCUGAACGAUGGCAACGAGCUGCGCGACCAGCUGGUGCAGCUCGCCAAGCCGCAGAUCAUGACGUUCAGCGUGCAGAUCAAGUACGACUUCAACGCGCAGGUGAAACUGUUCCUGCCGCCCGGCGUCAAGGAGGACGACGAUCUGCAGCUGCCCCUUAUCCUGCACAUCGAGGCGUCGCCAGAGCGGCAGCUCGUGUCGGAGGAGUACGGCGUCGACUGGAACUGGUACCUGAGCAGCCACCAGUCGUACAUCAUCGCGCAGAUCGACGCCAGGGGGUCCGGCUUCCAGGGCGAGUCGCUCAAGACGCAGAUCCGUGGCCGCGUCGGCAUCGAGGUAGAGGAUCAACUGGCCGUGCUGAUGUACUUGCGAGACAACCUGAAGCUCGUCGAUCCAAACCGUAUUUGCGUGUACGGCAAGGGCUACGGUGGCUACAUUGCGAUGCAGAUGCUGGCUACCGAUUCGAGCCAGGUGCUGAAAUGUGUUGCCGCCAUUUCACCGAUCGUAUCCUUCCGUUACUAUAACUCAUUCUUCACCGAGCGUUACGUGCUGCAGCAGGACGAUGCCGAGCGUUCGCUGAUCGAGUCGGACCUGUCCACCAAGGUCGGUAGUUUGGCGUCGAAAAACUUCCUGAUCAUCCACAGCACCGCCGACUGCGUGGUGCACGAGCAGCACGCCGCCCUGCUCACCCGGUCGCUCGUCAACCGGGGCAUCAUCUUCCGCCAUCAGAUGUACGUCGACGAGGAUCACGAGUACCGGAGCGUUUCCGAGCAUCUGUACCACACGAUCGAAACCUACAUCGAGGAGAACUUCGGCAACGAUAAUCAGGACUGGACGUCGGCAUUCUUUCUGUCUAAAACGUAGUUCUUCCAGUGGAAAGAAGUAAAACAAAGAGAAAACAAACACGUUUGAUUCAUGAUAGAGUAAAGAUAAUUUAUAGACCCAGCAGAAAAGUAAUAAAAAGAGUAAAACAAAAACACAACACUAGAGAAUCCCAGAAACGUUGCUGAUCAUUAUUAACGGUACGGACAUCCCGCGGUAUGGAGGAGGAAAAAUUCAGACCACUCGCGCACGGAGCACGGGGGAAUAGCGACAAGAGAGGGGGACACAUUCGAAAGGGCAAAGACGAAAACAAGGAUAUCUCAAGGAAAAUGGAAAACGAAUGAACUAUGUCGACGUACGUAUCCUUCCCACUCCCCUACUGAAGAGUGCGCGCAUGUGUGUUUGUGUGUAUGUAUGUGUGUGUUGUGUGUGUGUAUGUGAGUGAAGCAGUGAAACAUUGGACCCCGGAUUGCGUGUGUGUUUGAUGUUUUAAUCGUGCGAUAGAUUUUAAACAGAUGAUGAUUCCCAUUGAAAGGAAAAUAAACGCAAAUGAAAUGAAAUAAAAAAAAGACACACAAAAACAAUAUUUAACUCUUCCUGCAUUUUCUUUCAUUCAUUCCGAGUGCAAAUCAUGAAGAAAAUAGUUAAACAAAGGGCGAGCGGGAGAGAGAGUAGAAAAGAGGUAAUGUUGUAGGUAAGGUAGUAAUGGAAGGGACUUGCUUAAAGAGUGGAAAGGCAGGAUGAGAA